AUGGGCUUUUCGAGUCGACGCCCAAUUCUGCCUGCGCCCACAGACUCGUUGUUAGAGUCCGCCGACGAAACUGGUCUAGGUACGGACCUUGGAACCGAUCUCUCUCGACGAAGUGAGAAGACCUCCGAGACGAUACCUGACGACGGAAGCCCGAUUACCAUCACUCCAGCACCCAAGCGCACGAUUGGAAAACUAGCAAAGUCCGGUCAACAGUCUCAAACUUCGCUACUCAUUGAGUUAUUUGAAGGAGGAAAAACUUCCGAUUCUGGACAAAGGCGUCCUAGCCUACGAGUUCGCUAUACACCAUCACAUACCCGGAAGAACAGAGACAAGGGCGAGCGUCACAUCCUGGUCACCGAGUCGCCGACGGCGAGGAGGCCUUCUUUCAGCCACCGCAUUUCCCUUGGAGGAAACGAGACUCUUGCGCCCAACGUCAUUGAAGGCAGCAUCAGCUCCUUGGAUACAGCCGACGACUUCAGGCCUACGGUCCCCAUCGAAGUCGAAGUUCUACAGGACGAAGAUAGUGACAGGUCCGUCUUGAGUCCCCCUCCAGAGACCAGGUCCAUCAUCCCAGAAUCCGACAUUUCGUCCAUGCCAGCGGAGAGUUCACUGGGUACCAAUCCACCUCUCAACAUGUCGCUUUCUAGCAACAGUGUCAGUAUCACACGAGGCAUGUCCUCUCAAGGAGCCUCGUUGAAACCACCUGUCAUCUCCACCGAACGCAAUUUGAGCAAUGAACGCAUCACGCAAAAAGUCAUCGAAAAGUUGAGCAAUAAACCACGAGUGUCAAGCAGUGGGAAGCGCCAACACAGUAGCCAUAGUGGAAGUCGGAGCAGUGUGAGCAGAGAAGCAGAGUCUCUACGCACCGAGCCGCGAAUUCGGGUCACAAAGAAUGUAGACGAUGAUUCCAUGCAUAGCAUUACUGGCUCCAGUGGUAUCAGUGGCUCUCAAUUGUCUGGAGAUCCCCGGGCGACAGAUCAACGAUCAGCCCGCUCAGGGACAUCAAAUGUCUCAGUCACGAAUAAUCCGAAACUGCUUCAAACGGUUGAGGAUGCCAUCCGAAGGCUUAUAUUGCCCGAGCUCAAUGAGUUGCGCCGGGACCAGAAGCAUUCCCACCGAUCGCGGCACGAUAAGUAUAGCAAUCCCUCGGAUGUGUCCUCCAGUACUGUGUCACGAGAGGAUCGUCGCAGAUCAUCGGGAAGCAAAUCCAAGCGUCGAGUUAGUCGAGAGUCUGAAUCUGGUCUGCCUUCAGAUUCGUCUCGCCGUCACAGACGUCAUAAGACCGUCGACUACGAUUCACCCUCGGAGCACAGCUACGCGCCGUCCGAGUCGGUCGACAGCUUGGGUGAUGAGAAGAAGUCACGUAGGCACUCAAAAAGUCGGCAUGCCCGUGACGCCGCAGCUGGGGCUGUCGGAGCUGCAGCCCUGACAGCCGCAGCCCUAAAAUCGCACGAUUCGGGAUCGAGUUUGGAGUAUUCAGAGCACCGUCGAAGGCGGAGGAGCAAAAGCCGCAGCAGUCGCAGCGCAAGUUAUACAGAGAAGGAUGAUGUCUUUCAGAAACAUCAAGUACCGCCGAUGCCAUUUGUUAGCGAGAUUGGUACCGAUCUCACUCGAAGCUCCCUGAAGUCCUCAAAUGACGGACGGGCGGAGACACCAACUCGUCGCGAAGUGCGCGAAGUGAUACGUGGAUCUCCUUUCGAACUCUCCUCGCCAGCAUCCCAAGCAACACCCACCUCUAACGCUGUCGAUCUGAAGAGAGGACUGGGUACCCACCACGGUAACUUCUCGGAGCACGACUUGUCAACCCAUGACUUGUCAAAGAAAGAAGUCUUCGACGAGGGCAAUUUUGACAAGUCAUCGGAGGCAGACGAGCUGGAUUUUGCUACGCACGGAUUUGCAGCUCUGACAGAUCCAGAAAGGGCUCGUCAAUAUGAGAGAAAUCUUCAUCAACAGCAUCCCAUUAGGCGGGGUCUCAGUCCAAUACAGAGCGUGGCCAGCUAUGCAACAACAGAACCCAAUCGCAACUCCAUGAUGCAGCCACGCAGCUCGGACUCUUUGCACUCGCCGGGCAAGCAUAUGCGCGCCGACGACCAAGUCUCCGUUUCCUCUCUAUCAUCCGCGCCUAGCACUGACCUGGCCCGCUCAAGGCGGCCCCAUGGAAUGAGCUUGGAGAGCCGGAGUGAAGUCAUGGCUCAACAUGUAAAGUCUCGUGAGAGCACUCCUCGCCGAGUGAAUGAAGACACAUUCGGCGAACAUGCUCUCGAAGACGACGGAUACCAUGACUCGCCUUAUAUCGACAAAGUCACAGCGGGCCAAGAGGUCGUCGCUCAAGACAUUGGAUCAACCGCGGAAUAUGUGGAAGAACCGUCAGGUAUCGAGUCUGCAGUUGCCUCCCUAGUUGAACCUUCACUUCUCUCCGCCGAGCAUACAUAUUCACCCCGCCACAGUCAAGCAGACUCCCUCAGUGCUCGCCGGGUCAUGAGCCCUCAGCUAUCCCACCAUGAUUACGUCUCGACACACAGUGGCAGCCCGCUUAAACGGCAACUUUCAGACCAUAGCGCGAGCACACACGACUUCGCCCCGGGUCCAACGACUAUGAUGUCGUCUCCUCCACAGAGUCCCGCUCAAUCACUUGAACAUUACGAACAGGCUUCGACCAAAUCAGCGCAACCAGCGCCUCUGGCUACCAGCAAUGUUCCCAGUGGUCCUGUGGAACGUUCACCUGAAUCAGACAUCACCACCAAUCCGUCCAUCAUCCGAGGUCCGAUAGGCGGUCUGGCGCAGGGCAACACAGAACACUGGCCUUAUGAUCCAACACCUCCACACUCUCGGGCUAACCUAGUGCUCCCGCCCGUGAGUCGCGACAUUGGUUCAGCCGGCACAGAUCUUAUCCCCGAAGCCUUGUCUAUUAACCGUGACCAUGACCUGGAGCCAAAACGUGACCUCUAUAUACAGCCUCAACCUUUGUCGACACCUAUCGGGGCUAAGGAUGAAGGUUACGAGACCGGAGCAAACGUACCAUCCCCAGGUUUAUAUUCUCAAGGUCGAGGAGUGCGAGACAGCUUUACACCGGAAGCACCAGUUGACAAUGUCCCUAUUGCAGAUGAUCCCUUCACCACCCAGCGAGACCAGUAUGCCAGUGGGCUUUCGCAUGGCAUGUCACCCAUGUAUGACAGUGCAACAGGUCGUGGACGCGAUAAUAUCCAGUCCAAAGAUAUCGUGGCUCUCAUGGAUCAUCUCACGAUGCGCGACGCCCAAAGAAACGCAAGAGACACAGAAAUUCUUGUGACGCUGGUUCGCAGUGCUGCAGAGAUGCGCAACUCCUUUGAAGAUAUGAAAAAGUUUAUCGCAGAACAGGACGAUCUUAUCAUGGACACUGCUGAUAAGCAACACGAAAGGACACAAAAGGUCAUUGGGGGCCCGCGACCACAACCUACAGCUCCUUCUCGCCCAACGAUGUCAGCAACCUCGGAGGAGGACACGCCAAUGAAACGCCGCAACGUCUUUCAACGUGCGCUUAGAGGACUGGGUGCUAAGAACUCGCAAGAGUUGCAGAAUAUUGAGGCAAUGCUAAUGCGUCUUCUGGACGAAGUUGAGGCACUGAGGGUUUCGCAGCCUACCACAGUGACAAGGGAACAGCCUAGAUCUACGAGCUUGGCCUCUGCGGAUAAUGCUCGUGCUCCAACAGACACAGGAUAUGAGCCAGAGGGUCAAGCCGGGACCUCAUCAACUGGUGAUCGCUCUGGAUAUUUUUCCAACAACUCCUCUCGCCAGGCGGACUACCGCAACUACAAUAUACAUCGAGAUUCUGGUAACCGAGUGAGCACAGUCAUGGAAGGCGACGAAGAAUAUGACGACUAUGCGAAUAAUGCAGGCAGUGCUACAGCCGGGAAUGCACAAGUCGUCAGCCACACGCCGUUGAACACGCCCCCAAGACAUGAUGGAAUUCGACAAACCAGAGGUGGUUCGGUUCCAUUGAACACACCACCUCGGACGCAGGACCAAAACACGGGGUCGCUAAGUCAUGAAAAUACACCGCACCUCUCGGCGGGAGACGCAUCUGGAAGGAAGCACAAGUCUUUUGCAUCUUCCUUUAUUCCUAAAAUGGUGUCUCGGUGGUCCAAGACUACUUCAUCAUCUGCUGACAAUUUUCGCGCAAGUCAGCAACGAGUCAGACCCUACUCAGAGCACUCUCGGUCUGGAUCCAACCUCGGAGAGUAUGACUUCGAGCAUGAUCCUCAAGGGGAUGACCGGAUUCGGUCGAAUACCUCAUUCCUGCGAGAUCAGUAUGAUGAUAUAGAGAACCGGCCACCGUCUCCUUUGGUUCCAAGCCAGUUGACGGACAACCCCAAGUAUCAGGCUCACAGAAACAGCCUCAAUCUUCAGCAUCCACAACCUCGACAAGGACCAACAGGGCGCUUCCAGUCUCGUCUGGAAUCCGAAGCACAGUACUAUAAUAAUGAGCAGAUCUCACCGACUUCGCAGACCUCGUCGCAGUGGGAGACUCACUCUGGGCUGCAUCCGAACCAUCACACGACCAUCACCUAUGGAGGACACCUCAGCCCCAUUUCCGACUCACCGUACUCUGCAGAGCCAGGCCAAAUGCAUGACAAUAGGAGCAUUCGAUCUGGAAGCUCUCAUGGCCCGCCUCGGCCGCCGAAGAUCCCUAAUGAUGAGCCUUUGGUGCCGCAACGUCCAGCCAAGAUGAUGACGAUGAGUCCCACUUCAUCAAACAGACAGCCGACCUACGUCGACCAUGUUGCUGCAGCAAGAGCGGGAAGUCCAGCAUUCGACAAGUCUCCCGUCGCAGCAUUGAGAUCGCCACAGAGUCAGACACGAAAGCCCUCAGGGCCGAGACCGCUCGCUGGAUCAAGUGGAUCCAAGGGGGAAUUGAGUGCCGUCAAAAGAACUAGAUUCAGAGGCAGUCCAAACCAGAUUGAUAGCGAGGACGAAGCCACUGCUGCAUAUUGA